ACAGGAUUGGGUUAUGAGUUCUGAGUCCAGGACGUGGCGAUCUCGUGACCAUUGCUAAUUAAUAUUUAUUAACAGUGCCUUCGGAAUAGUAGGAUUCGCACGCGACCUACUUAUUCAUUGGUUAGGUGCCUCUACUACCGGCUUUACGGUAACAACAUGGCCACUUACUUAGUAAACACGGACUUGUGCUCUCUUCUGUUUAUUUAAACGCCUCACGACGAUGACAUCUUGAUUUUGGCCAUAUCACAACUUUAAAAUGAAACUAUCGCGAGUCGCAUCUUUUUUAAUACGGGUCCAUCCCGUUUACCGGUGUCCAGUGUCCGUGUCAUGCAAUGAGCCGAUCAGACAUGGAUCUGUCCUCACUAAAAGCAGCUUCUCUGUGUCUGCAGUCAACGACAGCACUGCACUUUUCUACAGAAAACACGGGGAGCCCUCACAAGUCGUUCAAUUGGAGUCAUUGGACCUGCCUCAUAUGGGACCUGAAUGCGUCCUGGUGAAAAUGUUGGCGGCUCCUAUCAACCCCUCUGAUUUAAAUAUGAUUCAAGGUACGUACGCCAUCCUGCCUGAGCUUCCAGCAGUGGGGGGUAAUGAGGGUGUGGGUCAGGUGAUGGAGGUGGGGAACCAGGUGAAAACACUCAAGGUCGGCGACUGGGUGAUCCCAAGAGAUGCCGGCAUAGGUACAUGGAGAACAGCAGCAGUCGUGAAGGCUGAAGAUCUAGUGACUUUACCUAAAGACAUUCCUGUGCUGUCAGCAGCCACUCUGGGAGUCAACCCCUGUACAGCUUACAGGAUGCUCACAGACUUCGAGGAGCUCAAACCAGGAGACACAGUCAUCCAGAACGCAGCUAACAGUGGUGUUGGACAGGCUGUAAUUCAGAUUGCUGCAGCUAAGGGCAUUCAAACUAUCAACGUCAUCAGAGACAGGCCGGACCUGCAGCAGCUCUCUGACAGACUGACAGCGCUGGGCGCCACUCACGUCAUUACAGAGGAGACGCUGAGACGUCCAGAAAUGAAGGAGCUUUUCAGGUCGUGUCCUCGACCUAAACUAGCACUAAAUGGAGUUGGAGGAAAGAGCGCCACAGAGCUGUUACGUCAUUUACAGAGUGGAGGGAGUAUGGUGACCUACGGUGGGAUGGCCAAACAACCAGUCACUGUUCCUGUGAGUGCACUGAUCUUUAAAGAUGUGAAAAUAAGAGGUUUUUGGGUGACCCAAUGGAAGAGAGACAACAAACACGAUGAAGACGCCUUACGAAACAUGCUGGAUGAACUCUGCAUCCUUAUCCGUGCGGGGAAGCUGUCAGCUCCGGCUUGCACUGAAGUGAGGCUUCAAGACUUCCGAAAAGCCCUGGAGAGUGCCAUGAAGCCAUAUGUGUCCACCAAACAAGUUUUAGUCAUGUGAUCCCACUUUCUCAAUACGUUAAGCUCUGCAUUAAUUCAACCCCAAACACACAUUCAAUAAAUGUGACAUCAAAGUCCAGUGAGCUUUAUCAGCUUCACAACAGGGUUUUGGCAUUGUCUUUGAAUGCAUUCAUAUUUAUUGUAUACUUAGUGUUUAUGAGCAUCAUAAGGAUUAUCAGUAUGUCAGACGUCAAUCUGCUUUUAUCGUGACCACGCACAGAUAACCACACAUGAACGGAAAGAUAUGAGUGUAGUUGCCAACAAAGACUGACUUUAUUUCAUCUUGAGCAUCUUGUCAGGUGAUUGUUGCUUUGUCACAUGGACAUGUAAAUCCUCAUAUGGGGGUUCAAUGUUAAAAAUACACACUCAUGCCAUUAAUAAAACCCCUGUUUUCCAUGCAUAA